AACGGGCAUUCAGUCGGACGGCUUUAACUAUGACGGCAGUAAACUAUACGACAGUUCCAAUGCCCAGCCAUUUAAGAGCGAGGCGUUAAGGGAUUGCGGUCUCACUAAAGAUCAAAAUGGGUUUAAAACUCCUGGCGAUCACCAAAUGAGCGCCGGUUGGCCCAACUCAUUACGGCCAUCGCCUUCCUCUACGGCAAUGUCAGCCGAAAUGCGAAAUUUCGACGCCGCGGCUGUAGCCGCCUGUUCCCGAUCCAUGUCUGACUGGACAGCCGGCUGUUGUAAUACCACAACAAUGGCGGGGGCAGCAGUCGGUGGUCCGCCCAAUGCUUUCUACCCCUGGAUGGCCAUUGCAGGCCUGGCCGGUGCUAAUGGUCUUCGCAGGAGAGGUCGCCAGACGUACACCAGAUACCAGACACUAGAGCUGGAGAAGGAGUUCCACACAAACCACUACUUGACUCGCAGGAGACGCAUAGAAAUGGCGCACUCGCUGUGUCUGACGGAAAGGCAGAUCAAGAUAUGGUUCCAAAACAGAAGAAUGAAACUGAAGAAAGAGAUCCAAGCGAUUAAGGAACUCAAUGAACAGGAGAGACAGGCACAGGCCAGCAAACUACAGUCCACCUCAUCCUCCACCACCGCCGACAACACCACUAAGACAUAAGAUAUAUCAUGAAAAUCAUCACUUAAUUGAACGAAAAGGUCAGAGAAAUUAGUUUUCAUUUUGUUGUGUUCUUCAUAUACACUGAAACCAUCGGUUUUGCGUCUGAUUUGUUUGUUUGCGACUUAUUUUUGAGUUAAAUUUUAAGAUAAAUAUCAGCAUUACUUUUACAAUUAUAUACGAUUUAUAAAUAUUAUAAAUAAAGUACAAGACUUGUCAUGAUUUAUAUGAACCUAAGGAUAUAAUACUAAAGAUGAUUUGUAGCGAGAAGUGAAUUGAAUCACAAGUAUACGAAAUGCUUAAACGUGC